AUAAUCAGCUUCAGGUGUUUGGCUGGCUGCAGGGUUGAGUCUCUGAUUGCUGGGAGCACCCGCUGGCCAGCCCUGGUACUGCAACCCACAAGGCAGGUGAGUCCCACCAUUACUGGCAAGUCCCUUCCUGACAGUACCCCCCCUCAAGGAGCAGCCUCAGGACGCUCCAAACAGUCCUAGCUGGGCAAAAUGUUCCACCACCCGGGUCUGGUAACUGGCGGGAUAUCAAAGACUGGCACAUCGGGCUGGACUCCGGGCAGCGGCACAUCGGGCUGGACUCCGGGCAGCGGCACAUCAGGUUGGACUCCGGUCAGUGGCACACCGGGCAGGACUCCGGGCAGCGGCACACCGGGCAGGACUCCGGGCAGCGGCACACCGGGCAGGACUCCGGGCAGCGGCACACCGGCAGGACUCCGGGCAGCGGCACACCGGGCAGGACUCCGGGCAGCGGCACACCGGGCAGGACUCCGGGCAGCA